AACGGCCCCGCUGACCACCCCCACCACCCUCUCCCGAGUCCCCCGUUCGUCUGCUGAUCCCCUCGGUUUCCCAGCAGAACACUGGACCCUGCUUAUUCUAUAUUCUUCUUCCAUCCUUCUUCGCGACUUUUUUUUUGACACUUGCUUCUUUUCUAUUUCACCAUUCCUCCUUUCGUCCAUCAGUUUUACUCCCGGCUCAUAUCGAUAUACAUCCUUCCUCCGCCAGCGAUGAAAUAAAGGAUCCUGCAUUUGCUGUAAGCGACCAGCGAGCAAGGCUCCAAGCCGCCCCCACUAUCGACCGACUUCAAUCAGACAAUUAUCUUCAAUUGUUAGCAGCAGGCGUUAUCCCGUCUGUCUCUUUCAUACGGCAGCUGUGAUACUAGACGUUUCGCGCUCUAUACAGUACAAAGAACAUACAAGCACGCCUCGAACACAAUUGGAAUUUCUAGUCAUGGAGGUCCACGAGAUAACAUCGUCCGGCGCUCCGAGCCCGGGCCCAGAGGGCGUAUCCACUCCGCCAGCGCCGGACAUGCCGGUCAAGGGCAAGAGCCGACACCGUCUGAUCCAGCGAAUCCAGCGAAUAUCUUCAACGCCUUCAUUGAGUGGUCUGCGUCGCUCCAGAUCGGUUGGAAGCCGUGGGAGUCCUUAUAGCACUCGAAGCACUCUCUCGUGUGUUAGUCUUGCGGCCACUGGACCGCCUCAGACCCCCUACAGCGCCCGUUCAUCGACCCCACAGCCCUCGCCUCUUGGUCUACCCAGCGCUUUGAGCUCAACCCCCCAAUCUUCAGGGGAGUUUCCAUUCGACACUCCUGAUGGUUAUUUGGCCAUUCGUAAGGUCGAAAAUGCGACUCCGGUUACCACUCCUGGGACCGCCCCUCUCCCAUCAGAGUUUCGGUCUAAGCAGGACGUACAGAUUCGAACCCGACCUGGUGUAAAACCUAUUCAGAAGCAACCAUUCCGUUUCUGGGACAAGAUGCCCAGUGAGCUUCAGAUUCACAUCUUUUCUUUCUUCCAGCCAAGAGAACUCGUGCAGGCAUCUCGAGUAUCCAAGGCCUUUUACAAGGCCUGCUUUGAUGGUCAGCUGUGGACUUCCCUUGACGCUUCGGAAUUCUAUCGCGAGAUUCCAGCCGAAUCACUCGCCAGGAUUAUUGUUGCGGCUGGUCCUUUCAUCAAGAAUCUCAACCUGCGAGGUUGCGUGCAGGUCGAGCACUACAAGCGCACCGAGGUCAUUGUAAAGGCAUGCAAGAACCUCAUGAACGCAACCCUGGAAGGUUGCCAAAAUUUCCAAAAGAGCACGCUGCAUAGCUUGCUACGUAACAACGAGAAGCUUGUUAGCCUCAAUCUCACAGGGCUGACUGCGGUCUCAAACACAUCCUGCAAGAUCAUUGCCGAGUCCUGCCCUCAGCUCGAGACCAUCAAUAUUUCCUGGUGCGGCAGGGUAGAUGCUCGAGGUAUCAAGGCAGUCGUAGAGGCUUGCCCGAGAUUGAGGGAUCUUCGGGCCGGUGAAGUUGGAGGAUUCGACAAUGUUGCGACUGCCGAGGCUAUUUUCAAGACAAAUAACUUGGAGAGGUUGGUUCUGAGCGGAUGCGCCGAACUCAACGACGAAGCCCUCCAGAUUAUGAUGCAUGGUGUUGAGCCUGAAAUCGAUAUCCUCUCUGAACGACCCAUUGUGCCAGCCCGCAAGCUUCGUCACCUCGACCUGAGCCGCUGUGUCCGACUAACAGAUGCAGGCGUGAAGGCGAUCGGCCAUCUUGUCCCUGAUCUUGAGGGUCUGCAACUCUCAGGCUGUAAGUUGUUGAAUGACGACGCUCUCGAGUCCAUUCUCGCUUCCACCCCUCGGUUGACACACCUCGAACUCGAGGACCUCGAAAACCUCACGAACUCGAUCCUAUCAGAGCAUCUCGCCAAAGCUCCUUGUGCAUCUUCGAUAGAGCAUCUCUCUCUUAGCUACUGCGAAAACUUGGGCGACACUGGGAUGAUUCCGGUUAUGCAAACAUGCACGAACCUUCAGAACGUCGACCUUGACAACACUCGAGUCAGUGACCUCGUCCUCGCCGAAGCAGCCGCAAUGGUCAUGAAACGCUCUCAACGAUCUAUCGAAACGGGAACACGACCGAAACUGACCCUCCAAAUGGUCGUCUACGAUUGUCAAAACGUGACCUGGACAGGUGUCCGUGAGGUGCUCUUUCGCAACACACAAGUCAAGGCUGUAUCAGGCCAACCUGGCCGAGUGAGCUACCCAACCGAGAUGAUCGGGCUUAAGUGCUUCUAUGGCUUUCAGAUGACCGUCGAUGAGCAUCAGAAGCGAGUUCUGCGUGGUGAUCUUGCGUCCGCUGGUCGCCUGGAGAGGAAAUGGGCAGACUACAUGCAAGCCACAGAAGAAGCAGGCAUGACAGGUGCAGGCUACCGAAGACGCAGGCGUCGAGCCAGAGAAGCCCAGGCCCUCCAUUUAGACGAAGAGGAUGGUGGUUUUGGUCCUACCGGCCGUCGGAGGGCACGCACCCUGGGCUCGUGCGCUGUCAUGUAGGCCCUGAAUACGAUACACACGGUACAUUAAGCGAAUGCACGCCAAUAUACAGCAGAAUGGUAUACGAAUAUGCUGGGACUUUUUUCUUCUUCCUUUUCUCGGGGCGUCUUGGGGUUUGGUUAAAUGGGUAGAUGUUUAUUUGGCGGGGGCUGCUCGCCUUCUUGUUGUUAACGGCGUUAUGGUAGAUCACGGCGUUCUCUUUUUCAUGGCAGUCCUUAUGCCAUGAUAGUGGUGUGCAUUUCAGCGCAUUGAGCAUAUUGAACGACGUUGUGCAUAUCUGUAUAGACAGUCAAAUACAUUGAACGUAGAUUCGAAACCAACAUCUACAGAAACCUUGGUACGCUUUUUGGAAUCUCACGUCGAGGUUAGAAUAUUUCAG